AUGACUUUUAUGUCUACCGUGAUGAACGUUAUAACAACAGAGGACUACCAGCGUACUUACUGGCCAAAAUUGGAUAGUGCCAUUGAUCAGCUUUUGACACAGUCUCCUGGAGACUGCAUCCCCAUAUCUUAUGAGCAAAUAUACAGCUGUGUUUACAAGUGUGUGUGCCAGCAGCAUUCAGAACAGAUGUACUGUGACCUCAUCACAAAGAUAACCAUUCACUUAAGACGAGUCUCAGAGGAGCUGCAGGUCAGCUGUCCAGAUACUUACAUUGAGAGGUUUAAUGCAGCACUCAGCCAGUACAUGGGAGCUCUACAGAGCAUUGUGCCUCUAUUCAUUUACAUGAACAAAUUUUACAUUGAAACCAAACUUAACAGAGAUUUGAAAGAUGACCUCAUAAAGUUGUUUACAGAACAGGUUGCAGAAAAGCAUGUUCCUACCUUAAUGCCUUUACUAAUAGAAGCUCAGUCAACUCCAUUUAAGGUCACCCCUUCAACCAUGGCAAAUAUAGUUAAAGGCUUAUAUACACUUAGACCUGAUUGGGCGCAGCUGGCACCUAGUCUUUUUUCUAAAUUUAUCCCAAAUAUCCUUCCCCCUGCUUUGGAAUCCAAGCUCUCAGAAUAUGCUGCUCAAGACCAAAAACUCCAGCGAGAACUGAUACAGAAUGGCUUUGCCAGAGGGGAUCAGUCACGGAAAAGAGCUGGAGAGGAGCUAAUGUUUAAUGGGUCAGCAUCAACAUCAUCAUGUACAAAUACAAGGGCAUUCAGAUAGUGAAAAACUGAAGACUCGUUUUCUCUUGCCUUGGAAGAAGGACAAAACUGAAAGGCUCUUAAACCAUGCAGUGAGUCAUGCAAUGGAGAGGCAUUUGCUGAAGUUCAAGCCUAUUUUACUCUUGCCCUCCCCUCUUAAGAGAAGGACUUGUCAUCUUUUUAAGUUUUUUGUUUCUGAUGAUCAUGCUGCUAACAGACUUGGGAAUACUCUUUGCAAAGGCUCAUUAUAUGGUGUGCCUGAACUGGUUGUAUAGUGUAAAAGUUCAUGUUGAGUGAACUUCAGCAUCCUAGCAAUGGUUUCCGAAUGGAAUUUAAUCCUUUUUUUGCAAGAAGCACAGUUUCCAGCAAUCUUCUAGCAUGCUAGCCAUUUUCAUGACUUUUAAUCAUCCAAACACCCCGAUAAAGGUGCUCCCUGUUCUGCCAUGUUGGUCAGGGAAUUUUUUUUUUGUCUUUGUUGAAUUCCUAAACGUUUGUUCUGUAUAAACAGGUUUUGUAACUUGGUCUUUACUGUCCACAUCAGUUAGAACAUUCUUCUGUCACAAUCACUACUAAAUCUAGUCCAUUUGCAACUAAUUUAACUCAGUGGUUUCACAAUAGUGAGAAAUCAUGCACAUCCAAAUGUGGAUGUAUGGUGAACCAGGGAUGUUUUGUUUAAAAAAUCUUGAGAAUUCAUUGUUGGUAAAGGAUUAACCAAAACAAUGUGUGCAGCAGUAGGCAUAAUUGGUCUUAAAACCCAAUCUACAUACACGAAACCUCACUUGCAUCAUUUUCAUUGAAUGUAUUUUCUAUUGAAUACAGCAUCACUCAAUGUUUAUGUAACACUCAACUAAAUAAUUACUAUCCCACUAUACCAAUUCUGAAGCAUUUUACCAAUUUUAGUAUUGUGAUAUAUUUUGCUAUUGUAGGUGUCUUGACUGCAUGAAGACUGCCAUUUUUUUUUUAACCUUAUUCCCCUUGCCUAUCAUUUUGAAUCUGGUUAAUUAAACAGGCGUCAGAAUGUGAAAUAUUUUUUCCUCAUACAGUUGGUCUGCUGUAUUAAAUUUGAGCAGUUAAUGUGUACAUUUACUACAAUUGUUUUCAAUAUUACACGCUGCCUCAUUGUGAAGGGCAUGAAUUUUCAGGACCCGGAAGGAAAGGACAAAAGCACAAGAGGAAGAGCAUGAUAUUACUCUUAUGGGUAACUUUUGAAGUUGGUUCAGCAUGACUGUAAAAGCCUCAGCAAAAAUGUGAGAGAACAAAUAAUUGUAAUUUUGGGUUAACAUUGAGCAACUUUUGCCCUUCUGGCUAUAGCAGUUAUUUCAAUUGUGCAAUAAAACCCAAAAUCGGUUUUGGUUACUAAAUAACACUUUUUUUUUGCUCAUUUGUGUAACUAUUUUAGUAAUAGCUUACCUUUGUAGCCUUUAAUUGCAGUCUGUUUGCAUAAUAUGAAGAAUGCAAUAGAUUUUUUUUUAAUCCAUGAGUGAAAUGUUAAUAGUAAGGCGUAACCAUGAAAAUCAGUGAUAACCCAUGGUCCUUGUAGAGUGUGGAAGUUCAUGUAAAUUAAUUUAUUAUCCGAGUGUUGCAAAGUAUAAUUUCUCAUUCUACAAAGCAAUGGAAUAUGACUCCUCAGCAGCCAGUCUAAAAUGCUUUCAGGUUUCUUCUUAAGGCCACUUCUGUAAAUUAGAAUACAUACUUAACAUUCUAGAUGAAUCAACUGUUAAUUUGAAACAUAAUGAUCUAUUUCCCAACUCUCAACCCUCUUGGUGACUAUAAUAAAAAAAUUGGGGUUCAGUGACAAAAAAUAGAACAUGGCUCUCUGCAUUUGGUUGAACUGAUCUUGUGGCACUAACAGACUAAUGAGAGAAUGUUCCUCCAGUUCCAGAUUCUUAUGAAGUGGCUAAUAAUGCCUCCGAUUAUUUUUGCUUAUUACUGAGAGAUGUUUACGGAUACGUGUUUUAAUUCCAAUCCUUUCCCUUACUAUUUUUAUGGAUUUCCCAUGCUUUACUGUGAUGAAGAAAUUUGAUUAAAGAUUUCCCUUUAGUCUAAUGCACUAGGUGCCAACAGAGCCGAGAUCCUGAAUGGCGCACACUGUUUUCAGAGGCUUUUUGAGCAAACUGGCAAUUUUGGUGGAACUGUACUGCACUUCCGACUGGUCCUUCAAAGCCACUUUGAAUUUACUAUAGAAUUUACAGCACCAGAAAUGGCCAUUUAGCCUGAUUGGUCAGCUAUUGUUAAUGUUCCACAUGACCAUCCUGCUACCCCACUUCAUGUAACUUCAUCAAAGUAGCUUCUAAUGCUUUCUAUCUCAUAUGUGUAACUAGUUUCUCCUUAGAUGCAUCUAGGCUAUUCUCCCUUGUGGAGCAUGUGUCACAUUCUCACUUCUCUCUAGGUAAAGAUGUUAUGCUGCCUCUUAUUGAUUGGAUUUAUUGGUGCCUAUCACAUAUUUAUGCCCAUAUGUUUUGGACUGACCCAGCUGGGGUAAUGAGGAACAUGAGUUUUCAGUCCUAUGAUGGAACUGGUAAUAAACUUAUUUCAAAAAAUAUAGUUAAAAAGACAUUAGGGACUUAAUUGUAGUUAUUUUAUAUUUUUCCUCCGCACAGUGAUGGAGAGUGUAAACAUUUGAGUGUCCACCCAGCAGCAUCUUAUUUCACAUCAUGCACACCAUCAAUUUAAAACAUUUACUUGCAUUUUCAUCCCGUAAUUAUGGUCAUCUGUGCUAAUACUGCGAUGUAAACUCAAAAUUUUUUUUUCCUUAAAUGCUUUACUUUUACUAUUUUGGGUAAACAUUUUAAAGAAAAAUCUUCUAAUGUACAAGUAUACAUUCCAGAUAUAAAUCAUAGUGCCUCAUGUAAAAAUGGGAAAUAAUGAGGACACCAAUUGACUUUUCUGUCUAUUGAGAUGAUAUUCAAAUGGAAAUAAUUAAGAUUAAUUUUAUAAUGCUGAUGCCAGUUUCUAAUAUUUAUGACAUUUGGUUAAGGGAAGGGGUAUGAUUUCAAUAGUUAUGUUCUUUGUACUGAAAUUAUAAAUGGGUCUUUAAAGAAUGUAUUUGUGAUUUGACCACUCUAAGUAGAAUUUGACAGACUAAAUUAAUUGCAAUUAUGAAAUCUUCUGCUUGGUUCAGAUAUGAUAGAAAAGCAGUUAAAAUUCAUAAUUUGCGCAAAGCAAUUUUUUUAAGAAUGUAUAAUUAAGAGUUGAAAUAAUUUGACCUAGUUACACAGUUUCUAUGCAUUAAAGCACGAUAAGGAUAGCAGAUAGAUGAGGUGAUUCAUAGCUGACCAUAGCUUUCAGGUCGGCUUGCACACAUGUCAAAGCAAGUUCUAAAUUAAGAAGUAUUAGUUUCUUCUAACCUAUGCAGCCUCAGCUUACGUUUCACCAUAGCCCCCUCAGGGAAGACUCAAGGCUGCAGACAAAAUUUAUUAAUAUGCUAAAGGCUUCUCUGUAUUUAAUUGCUGGCACAGUUUUGUCAUUCUUUCAACCCUGCUGACAUUUUUCAUUUAUCAGGCAGAUGCCCAGUAAGUGGCAUGAAAAGGUAACCUCUUAGGAGACAAAGACACGAUGGCAGGUUUUGCUGAAAAGUGUCGCUUUAAAAAGACGUUCUAAAUGCUAUUAUCUGAAAAGUAUAUUAAUAAAAGUUUUUAUCUUUAAAGAUGUCAACAAAAGACCUUUGCUUAUGAUGAAAUUUCAUGACCAAAUGCUCAAUUAAUUCAUAUAGUUGCCAAUUAGAGCUCUGGUGACCAAGCAUCAGGAACAGAGAACAGAGGUUCAAAUCUUUCAACCAGCCAUAGUAGGAGGCAUUAAACAAAGUUUGAGGAUGGCAGGAGAGGAUUGAUAAUAGGCUUUCAUUGUAAAUCUCCCAGUGAUUGCUACGAGUGACCCUGGUAGUUUCUUAUUGCCAAGUUACCUACCGCAUUUACAAAAGACUCAAUAUUGAACCCUUGCAGUGAAAAUGAAAGUGGGGUAUUGAUGAGAGAAAGGGGUUGCAAAUGGAGACAGUGCACAGAAAAUGAGAUAUAUGGACAUAUAUACAUAUUAUAUGUAUUCUGACCUUGGUUGCAGCUUGAAUUAAUAAUGCUGUUUUAAAUUAAUGUUGAAAGUUCCAAAUUUAUAUUCCAAAGUUUAUUUAUGAAGUUGUUCCCUUUUCAAUGUGAGUUGUUCUGCCAAAGGUUGUUGCAGGUUACAGAUAUAGUGCAAGGAAACCAACAGUGAUUUAAGUGGAACAGUCUAUUGACGCUAUUUUGAACGACUUAAAUUCCAAGAUUCCCAAUGUAAAAAUUGUAAAGCAGUUUAUAUAUUAAUAAAUACAGAUAGGCAAAGUAAAGUUAAUGCAUCAUAUGUGUCCUGUCAUAUGUCACAACUGGCAUCACAAGUUUCAAUGAUUCUCACCUACUAUGUACUUAUCCAGGAAAGGCAUUUAGUUUUAAAAUCCUAAUCCAGUUCCGAAAGAAGAUAAUUCUGGUAAAUGCCUUUCUGACCCCAAAGACAAUGGGGUAACAAUGUUUGCAAAGUAAUUUGCUACAUACUACACAAGCCGAGAACGUACUGUAAACGAUUGUGAUCUUCUUUAAAAAGAAACACAUACUAAAAUCUAAGUGUCUUCUGUGCAGAUUAGUUCACAUUUAGGGCAUGUAGUUACUUUUAAAUAAGUCUGUUUUCUGAACUUUUAUAAGGAACACUUCAAUCUGAAAAGUGAAGUACAGUAUCUUCAAUGUAAUAUACAUAUCUGUAAACCCUGUUAGAAAACUUGACUGAUCUUCACUUGAACUGCUUUAUAAGUAUUGAAUUUUAAAAUAGUUUUAAUUUCAGAUUUCUAUGGAAAGGUGACUGUAAAACAUACCCGUGUUUCUACAUUCCCUGUCAGAAUACCACGUCUGUAGAUAGUUGGGCUAUAUUGUAUAUUAUUGGGAGAUCCACAAUGCAACUAAUGGUUGUCCAUGUUUAACUUACUCCAAGUGAAUAGCCUUAACCCACUGGUACUUGAUUGGUGCAUAGCACCAUUGGUUCCUGGAACAUCUGGUCAUGUUUUUAUUCUGGACUUCUGCACUUAGACAAAAUAGGCUGCGCUCCUGUAAUUGUGAAAGUGCUUAAUUGGUGCAAGACAGAAAGCAGACUCCAGCUCUGAACUACUUUUUCACUGGGGAGAAAAGAACUCUUGGAGUGCCUCUGCAGAGAACUAGAUUGGACUCAUUCCUAUUCCCAACUGAUACUGAGCCUUGAUCAUUGCAGAGAUGUUGGUUUUAGCUCUAAAAACAAGGCUUCUCCAAGGGCUUAUUGUAUAAAUAUGUAUCAAUUGGUACAGACGUAAAUGUACUGGAUUCAAUUUCUGACCUGUGUUCAAUUUACUGUUCAAAGUUUAGGAGCUGUUGGAGAGCUAAUAUACUAGGACCUGAAGAAAGAUUAGGGAUUUUGCUCCUGAUUUGUUUUGUGGCCUUACUGUUAAAAAUGAACAUUGGAUGAGGGCAGAAUAGGACUUUGUCUGGUACAUUUCAGAUCUCAAUACCCAGCUGGUACUCUAAAUAUAGACUCUCACAUGAAGAAUGGUCACUUGAUGAGCACCUGAGGGCCACAAAUAACUAAAACCCUUUGGCCAAGUGAGGAAUCAACUUCAGGAUGGGAGACAGGAGGAGGAUAACGUGGAAUUGGCCUCUGUUGGAGGGAAAUACUGUUCCUCCUAAAAUGUAUGGGCAAAGAGAUGUCAUUUUAAUGUGUUUAUUGCAGUAUGGAAACUUAGAGGCCAAUUGAAAUUUCAUCACAGGCAGAAGUUUCAUUUUGCUUACCUUUUUCCAAUAGAUGUUUAUGGACAGAAUACACUGAAAUUGCUUGCCUAUGUUCUUUUGAAAAUAUAUUUUAUUGUAUAGAUUAAAUGAUUGUAUUUUAAUUUUGAAUGCAAACUUUCUAAUCUGGAUAUGUUCUUUAAUAAGGCACUUUAAGUAAAUUGGUACAAUUUUUUUUGUGUUCAGUUUAUAGACCCCAGAACACUCCUUCCUUCCACAGGUUUCCAAGGCUUUUAGACUGUAAGGGAUCAUUAAAACUCCUAGGAGAUUGCAGCAUUGGGAUUUAAGGGAGUAUCAUUUUUUCUCAUGCUGCAUAUUGCAAUGAAGUGAUAUUCAUUAUUGAUGAUAUAACUUGACUGUCAUUUAAAACUAAAAGUUAGACCUCUGCAGCACAUUUUUUUCAAAAGUGCUCAAGCCUGUAUAACAACAUCCGAACAGUUCCCAUCAAAAUCUUGUUUGAGUACUAUAGUAGGGUUACUUAGUGUGUCUUCAAAUAAAGAUGCUGCUGUGGUAUUGUGGUCCUGUUAAUGUAUUUUUGAAUAUGCUUGGAGAAAAUAAUUGCAGGCAAAGAAGAAUGUUAGAGUUUAAUUGGUUUCAAAAUGCAACCUGUAGAAAACAACAAAAGGUGGUUCACUUUGAAUAAAAAAAAGUUUAAAAUUAAGAUGAUACAUUGCAUAAGAUAAAAUAAUUAAAUUAAUGUUUGCACUAAAGUAAAGUCAUACUAUAUGGUAAAGUCACUUAUUUUAUUAAAGGAAAAUUGAUUAUUAAUUUGGUAUUGGAUGUCUGAAAUGUGAUCUGCAGUACCUUGGGUGUGUACCGCUCUUUCAAUAAAAAAUAUCCAGUUUGCUGCA